CACACACACACCACACCUACACACACCUCAGCACUGCCUGGGCACAGUCAGUAGCAGCUCUGCAACAGGAGAGUAAAUGUCUGCCAGAGAAGACUAACCCUACUGAAGAUUGAAACCCAUCCUACUACAUCUCUGAAACCCAGCAGCUUGGACCCAGAGGGAUGGAGGCAGAAGGCAGUAAUGCUGCGGUGGCGCUGGAUUCAGGAAACCCCUUGUUAAGAGCGGUGUUCCUCCGUCGCCUGCGUCUCACCCGGCUGCUCCUGGAGGGGGGGGCUUACAUCAACGAGAGCGACAGCCAGGGCCAGACCCCCCUGAUGGUGGCCUGCAGGACCCAGCAUACUGACGCCCAGAGCGCCAGCCGGGUCAAGCUGCUCCAGUUCCUCCUGGAGAAAGGAGCGGACCCCAACAUCCAGGACAAGGAGGGUCGCUCUGCGCUGAUGCACGCCUGCCGGGAGCAGGCCGGCCCCGAGGUGGUGUCUCUGCUGCUGGCUAGUGGAGCGGACAUCAGCCUGGAGGACCAGUCCGGGACGUCAGCGCUGGUGUACGCAGUCAUGGCCGGAGACUUAAAGGUUUUGAAGGUGUUGCUGGACACAUGCAAAGCCAAGGGGAAGGAGGUGAUCAUCAUAACCACUGAUCAUUUCCCAUGUGGGAACUUACAAGCCAAACAGUACCUCAGCACGCCUUCUGUUGGUCCUCUUGAUCAGAUGGACAAAACGGCAUCAGCAGCUCCUGCUUCUCCAUCUGAAAUUCAGCUUAUCACCUCACCCCAAUGUAAUUCCUCCUCUUCCUUAUGUCCCCCUAAGAAUGUCUUCUCGUUUAAAGAAGGCGUAAGCUCCCAUCCUGGUUCCCCUUCUCGGUUUCAAAGGCUGGGCCACGUGGCGGGGUACGGCCUGCAGCAGCCCCUCAUGAGGUUGAACUCUGAGCCCUGGCUAAAGAUCCCAACGUCUCUGCUCCACCAGCAUCAUCAUCCCGCCUCUUCUACAGAAAACGGCAAAGACCUCAACCAAACGGAGGACUUGCCUUUCAGAAUUCACAAACUGGACAGCAUAAAUUCAUCAGCAGAGACCUUCAGAUGGUAUGAAGAACGAUUGGCAAGGGACAAAGGAGUAGAAGGAAAGAAUGAAUGUGACAAACAUGUGGGGCAAAAUAUAUCCGUACCAGGUCUCCAGUCCUCCCACUCUGCCUCCCACCCUAACCUCCACUCUGUAAACCUUGGAACAGAUUCCCUCGCCUCCUCUUCCUCCUUCUCUGGUGGCAAAAACCUCAGCACUCCACUUCACAGCAUGGCCUCUUCAAGCCUUCAAAGCAUUAUCCAAAGGCGCAAGCUUGGGGAGGACAUCUACAGCUCCGACCCGCAGCUAGCUAGAGACAUCCACUGUCUGCCUGAGGAGUCCCAGCAGAGAACAAGAGACCUUUUAGAUGGCAAGAAGCUGGCUCCCUUACACUGCUCCGGCACAAUGGGCUCCAGGGAGUCACUAUCGAGUUUGGGCCCAAACAGGAGGGUGUUGUCUGGGUACGAGCGCAGAGGAUCUGGGGCCUUCUUGUUGGACCACACCUCCCAAGCCAGGCCUAGAUCUCUGCCCCCUCUGGCUCCCAUCCUUAAUGUUUAUAACCUCGGCUCCAGCGCUGGGGGUGCAAUCUGUGAGAAAGAGUCUGGCCUAAAGAGUUUCCUUCCCUCCGCUCCUCCGGGCCAUCCCAAGGAGAUGACCAGGAGGAUGCUGCUGAGGAGACACUCGAUGCAGACUGAACAGUUCAAAACCACUGCCUGAAAUUCAGCCAGGAGGGAAGAGAAGUGUGUGUCUUAAUGUGAAAUAUGGUGUCAUGUGAUUAAGUGUCUCUGUGGUGUAAUUCAAUGAGGAAACCAAAGAAGAUAUAUGAGAAAACAAAGCAUCCUUAUCGACUAAAGCCACAAACUUAAGGUACUUUCCUCUGCUUCAGCGUGCCGUCACUGUGUAUAUAUGGCGUCCGUGUUUGUAACACUUCCCUAAAGCCGUGUUAAGAGUUUCUUGCCUUUGGUGGAAGCAGAGCGAGCUAAACAUAGGAUCUGAUAUAUUGUCACCUUAUGAAGCUGUUAGCAUGUUAGCAAGGAGUUAAGACAUCCAUCAGACUUUGCUAAACACAUUAGCUUUAAUCUGAAGUUGUGUUUCUAGCCACUUGAGAGAUAAAUUCAAUAUGUACACACCUUCCAGCUGACCUGGCUUUGGUCUCCAUCAGCUCCAUGGGGAAAUAUAGGUAUCUUUAGUUGCUAAAUGUUCCACUAUGUUCACCAGCUAAUUAAUAACAGUGUCUGUCUUCUGUUUGUGCUGGACAGGUUGUGUAGAAUAUGUUUAUCACAACUUUUUUUGCCCGGAAAACAGGGUUGCUGAGCAGAAUAUGCAGGUUCAAAAUCAAAACAAUGCUAAAAGAAGCUAAAAAGAUGCAAAGAGCUGAAGGGAACUUCAGGUGAUAAUUCUCUGUGGUUUUGUCCCUACAAGCUAUACUUUUAACAUUAGGGUAA